AAUCAUUGCCAUGGCAACUCAAGUGCUGGGACAGUCUGGUGGGAACAGCCUCUUUCCUGGCAGUGCUAAUAUCGGUAUGGCAUUGUCCAAUGACAUGUAUGACUUACACGACCUUUCUAAAGCUGAGCUGGCAGCUCCUCAGCUUAUUAUGUUGGCAAACGUGGCCUUGACAGGAGAAGUCAAUGGCAACUGCUGCGAUUACCUGGUUGGAGAAGAGAGGCAAAUGGCAGAACUGACAACGGUGGGGGACAGCAACUUCUCAGACAGCGAUGGAGAGGGUAUGGAAGAUAGCCAGGCUGCGGAGAGUGACCGCGAGGCAUCUGAAAAUGUGGAAUUAAGCUCUCUUGAAGUUCCUAGUGUGGAAACCCAAGGUCCAGCUGCUUGCCCCCCUCCUAAGACUCCCAGCGUGGACAAAGAUGUCUCAUUGGAAGCACCGGGUACUCCAGAAAGCACGGAGGACAAGUGUAAGAGCUUGAAGAGCAAACCGUUUCGUUGUAAGCCUUGCCAGUACGAGGCAGAGUCUGAAGAGGAGUUUGUGCAUCAUAUCAGGGUUCACAGUGCUAAGAAAUUCUUUGUGGAAGAAAAUGCAGAAAAGCAGGCCCAGGUGAAGGAGUCUGAUUCUUGCACUGCAGAAGAGGUGGAUUUCUCUAAGGGCCCAAUCCGUUGUGAUCGUUGUGGCUAUAACACUAACAGAUAUGAUCACUAUCUGGCUCACUUGAAGCACCACAACAAAGCAGGGGAAAAUGAGAGAGUCUACAAGUGUACCAUAUGCACUUAUACUACCGUCAGUGAAUAUCACUGGAAGAAACACCUAAGAAAUCAUUUUCCCAGGAAAGUGUAUACCUGCUCACAAUGCUCCUAUUUUUCAGACAGGAAGAACAAUUAUAUUCAACAUAUUCGAACUCACACAGGAGAGCGACCCUAUCAAUGUGCUAUGUGUCCUUAUUCCAGCUCUCAGAAGACCCAUUUAACCAGGCACAUGCGCACCCACUCAGGUGAGAAGCCAUUCAAAUGUGAUCAGUGCAGCUAUGUGGCCUCAAACCAGCAUGAAGUAACUCGUCACGCAAGGCAGGUUCACAAUGGGCCGAAGCCUCUGACUUGCCCACACUGUGACUACAAAACAGCUGACCGCAGCAAUUUCAAAAAGCACGUUGAGCUCCACGUCAAUCCGCGCCAGUUUCUCUGUCCUGUUUGUGAUUACGCAGCAUCUAAAAAAUGUAACCUGCAGUAUCACAUCAAAUCCAGGCAUCCCGAUUGUUCUGACAUCACCAUGGAUGUUUCAAAGGUGAAGCUACGGACUAAAAAGAGCGAAGCUGACUUUUCUGAGAGCAUUAAUGACAAAGCGGAGAAGGAACAAACGAAAGGGGAUUCAGCUGCAAAGAAAACUGAGAAAAUUGUCAAAGUGGAGAAGAAAGAUAAUUUGGCAAAGGAAAAGAAGACGACGAGCAAUGUUUCUGCAGGCCAGGUGACAACCAGAAGUCGGAAAUCGGCUUCAGAAAACAAGGAGGUGGAUAUUAAAACUGAGAAAAAUACUGAGAAAACAUGUAAAACAAAGAAGAUCAAAAGAAAGGCAGAGGCUGAAGUAACUUCCUCAAAGCAAGAGCCCGCAAAUGAUACCUCAGCAGUAACAAAAAAGAAAAAGAAAGUGGAAACUAAAUCCAGAGACUGCCAGGAAGCUCAAAAAAGCGAUGUUGUACCAGAGGAGGAGGCUAAAAAGCAAAAUUCUUGCCUCAAGAAAAACAGAAAGAAGAAAGCUCUGAAAAAUAAGCACAGUAAGAAAAGCAGUAAACUCGACCAGGAGAAGAUCGAGGACGAGGAGAUGCCAGACGAGUGUCCUAUCACAGAAGAGGAUGGAUGCGUGAAGCCUGACACUGAGGACAGCGACCAGAAGGAGCAAGAUCCCACUGACAUAGCGGCGUUAAACAACGAUGGCAGCUAUGCUCUCAAGGGGGAGGGCACCGAUCCCAAAGGGAGCUGCAUACAAGACCCAGGGCAGCUUUGUCUGCCAGCUCAGGAUGCAAACACAGAAGCUGAGGUGGAGGACCAAGAAAUGCCUGCUGCAGCAGAAGAGAGCGAGGACACUCUUGGUGAAAAAGAGGAGGAGAGAAAGGCGGACACAGGGCAAGACACUUGCCCUGAGGAAUCUUCCCAUGCAGUGUCUUCUGAAAAAAGCUUCGAUGUGCCCAUGGAUGUGGUACCAGAUCUGGCGCCUGAGAAGGAGCCAGAGGAAAUGUGCGUGGCAGAAACUGUGAGUAACUCAGACCCAAUGGACCUGACUAAGACGCGCCUGCCAGCGACAGAGCCAACAGGAGAUGCCGUGCCGGCACCUGCGCCUCCACAAAGCCCUAAAGUUGCUCUGGCCUUAUCAUCUCCGGGUAACACAGCAGUGAAUGAAUCUCAGGAAAUGGAUGAGGAUGAGGGCAUCCACAGCCACGAAGGCAGCGACAUAAGUGACAACAUAUCAGAAGGAAGCGAUGACUCGGGGUUAAAUGGCGCUCGCUCCGUACAAGAGGAAACAAGUCCAAAGACGUCACAAGGAGCUGCAGACACCACAGUGGCCAGGGAGAACUAUGUGUGCAUUUUUUGUGACCGCUCAUUUAAAAAGGAAGGUGAAUACAGCAAGCACCUCAAUCGCCACUUAGUCAAUGUGUAUUAUCUUGAGAAGGCAACAAAAGGGCAGGAAUAGAAAUCGCUGUGGUUUGGGGGAAUCGUCUUUUGUAAGAUCUUAUACAGCUUAUGUACAGAUAUUGUAGAUUUAUUUUUUUUUUAAGCACGGUUUGCUUUAGUGUCUGCAUUGGUUUGUUUUGUUUUUUUUUUUAAGUUGAAAAUAUUUUUUGACAACUUUUUGUGUAAUGGUAAACUCCAAACUAUUGGAUCUCUUCAUUAGAGAAGGCAGGUAGGGUGUAUGAGGCUGUGUCUGUAAGCUUCUAGUCUAUUAGCUUAUGCAAUUCUUUUAUAAAUUGAGUUUUAGGAUCAAGACUGUAGCUAACAGUACACAAGUUGGAUGUUCAUAGAGCCAUUGGCAUUAGUUGCUUUUUGUUCUAGCAGCCAACUCCUCUCUCUCCCCUCUUCCCCUUUUUUUUUUUAGUUCUUCUCAAUGUGUCUUGAUGUUCAAAGUGUUAAACUACUUGAUGAUUUUUCUACCAGGAAGAUAGCUUCUAUUGCAUAAAAGAGCACUUUGUAAAAG